AUGGCGCAAGCGGUCCACCCCUACCAGAAGCUCGACAUCGACGAGCGAGUCAAGCGGGUCCUCCUCAAGACACCUCUCAUCGAUGGCCAUAAUGACCUGCCCCAGCAACCGCGGGCGUGCUUCCACGGCAAGAUCCACAACAACCCCAAGUUCGACUUGGCCGGCGGCUUCGAGAGGGGCAUGACGGAUAUCCCCCGGCUGAGGGAAGGUGCCGUCGGCGGCCAGUUCUGGUCCGUCUGCGUCCCCUGUCUCAGGUCCGCGGAGAACUUCUCCACCCCCGAGUACUCGGACAUGGCGCGCGACGCCAUUGAGCAGAUGGAUCUGACGCUGCGUCUUAUCGAGUCUUACCCCGAGACUUUCGAGUUGGUGAACGGCCCGGACGAUGUGAAGGGGAUCUAUGAGUCGGGCAGGAUUGCUUGCUCUAUCGGCAUCGAGGGGCUGCAUAUGGCCGGUAACAGUAUCGGCAUCAUCAGAGCGUUUUAUCGUCUGGGAGUAAGAUAUUGUACCCUCACUCAUGUAUGCAACAACGCCUUCGCCGAUAGCUCAACUUCGAAAAUCGGGCCGGUCCACGGCGGGCUCUCCAAACUGGGUCGCUCGGCAGUGGUAGAAAUGAAUAGACUUGGGAUGAUAGUGGACAUCUCCCACGUGUCGGAGGACUGCGCGAAGCAGGUGCUCGAGCUCUCGCGCGCGCCCAUCAUGUUCUCCCACUCCAACGUCAAGGGCGUCUUCGACUGCCCCCGCAACGUGCCGGACCACAUCCUCGACAUGGUCCCCGCCAACGGCGGCAUCGUGAUGGUGACGUUCGUCCCGGAACACGUCGCCACGCGGAGGAGGGACGCCAGGAUGGACAUGGUCCUCGACCACCUGUUCUACGUCGCCGCGCGCGUCGGCUGGGACCACGUCGGCCUCGGCUCCGACUUCGACGGCAUCGCCUCCGUCAUCCCCGGCCUGGAGGACGUCAAGUGCUACCCGAGCCUGCUGAAGGCCAUCCUCGACCGCGGCGCGACCGAGGAGCAGCUCGCCAAGGUCGCCGGCGAGAACAUCUUGCGGGUCUGGCGCGGCGUGGAGAAGGUCAGGGACGAGAUGAAGGCCGAGGGGGUCCUGCCGGUCGAGGACGUUUGGGAAGAUCGGACUUGGUGGAGGUACGAUGGGUACUACCAGAUGCCCGACCCCGAUCCCGAGGACAAGUUGGGCUUGGACUGGUACGGUGUUCCGCCUCCGGAUGAGGGCUUGUAUCUUGAAGACAAGGAGUCAUAG